AUGUUUCCCAGGUUAAAGUGUGGAUCUUUUCCUGUGUUUGAACUUGUUUUUUUUCUCUUGGUGCUGUCUGGCUGUCCCGAACUCACCUACCCGGCAAGGACUAAGGGCAGAUGGAACAAGGGGGGAUCCCGUCUGCGCCAGGAGGACUCUCCGCCUCGGAUAAUGGAGCACCCCUCUGACCUGAUCGUAUCCAAGGGGGAACCUGCCACCCUCAACUGCAAGGCGGAGGGACGGCCCACCCCGACAGUGGAGUGGUACAAGGAUGGCGAGCGAGUGGAGACGGACAAAGACGACCCACGUUCUCACCGCAUGUUGCUGCCCAGCGGCUCGCUCUUCUUCCUGCGCAUUGUUCAUGGACGAAGAAGCAAGCCAGACGAGGGUGCCUAUGUCUGCGUGGCCCGCAACUACCUGGGUGAAGCUGUCAGCCGCAACGCAUCUCUGGAAGUAGCAUUGCUGCGAGACGACUUCAGACAGAAUCCUACUGAUGUGGUGGUGGCAGCAGGAGAGCCAGCCAUCUUGGAGUGUGUUCCUCCCCGAGGCCAUCCAGAACCCACCAUCUACUGGAAGAAGGACAAAGUACGCAUCGACGAUAAGGAUGACAGGAUCACUAUUCGUGGAGGGAAGCUGAUGAUUUCCAACACCAGAAAGAGCGACGCUGGCAUGUACAUCUGUGUUGGCACCAACAUGGUCGGGGAGCGAGACAGUGAAACAGCACAGGUCACCGUUUUCGAGCGGCCUACCUUCCUGCGCCGGCCCAUUAACCAGGUGGUCCUGGAGGAGGAGACAGUUGAGUUCCGCUGCCAGGUCCAGGGAGAUCCCCAGCCCAACGUACGCUGGAGGAAAGACGACGUCGAUGUCCCUCGUGGGAGGUAUGAGAUCAGGUACGACAAGGACGACUAUGUGCUGAGAGUCAAGAAGGCGACGACGGGCGACGAGGGCACGUUCACCUGUGUGGCGGAAAACCGCGUGGGCAAGCUGGAGGCCUCGGCCACGCUCACCGUCAGAGCUCGCCCUGUAGCUGCACCCCAGUUUGUCAUCCGUCCACGGGACCAGAUAGUGGCCCAAGGUCGCACCGCCACCUUCCCAUGUGAGGCCAAGGGAAACCCUCAGCCUGCUGUCUUCUGGCAGAAGGAGGGAAGCCAGAAUCUGCUGUUUCCCAACCAGCCCCAACAGCCCAACAGUCAUUUCUCGGUCUCACUGAGCGGAGACCUCACCAUCACGUCCGUGCAGCGGUCGGACGCCGGCUACUACAUCUGCCAGGCUCUGACAGUUGCGGGCAGCAUCCUCGCGAAGGCUCAACUGGAGGUCACAGAUGUGCUCACAGACAGACCGCCGCCCAUUAUUCGCCAGGGCCCAUCCAAUCAGACACUGGCGGUGGACAGCGUGGCCUUGCUGAAGUGCCACGCCUCCGGAGACCCCAUCCCCUCCAUCAGCUGGCUGAAGGAUGGGGUCAGUCUGCUAGGCAAGGACCCCCGUAUGUCCCUACAGGAGCUGGGCAGUCUUCUGAUUAAAAACAUCAAGCUCUCAGAUUCUGGGAUCUACACAUGUGUGGCUGCCAGCUCCAGUGGGGAAACAUCAUGGAGUGCUUUCCUGGAGGUCAAAGAAUCCGGGGGUGUGAUGGUCAUUAAAAACCGUGAUGAGAAUGAGCUUCCCGCUCCCCCUUCCAAGCCUCAGGUUACGGAUGUCACCAAGAACAGUGUGUCCUUAUCUUGGCAGCCUGGGAUGGUCGGCGUGUCACCCGUGACUUCGUUUGUUAUCGAGGCCUUCAGCCAGUCAGUGAGCAACAGCUGGCAAACAGUAGCGGAUCACGUCAAAAUGACUCAGUUUACAGUCAAAAGCCUCCGACCCAACACCAUCUACCUGUUCAUGGUCCGUGCAGUGAACAGCCAAGGUCUUAGUGAUCCCAGUCAAAUGUCUGACCCUGUCAGAACACAAGACAUUAGUCCUCCAGCUCAGGGUGUGGACCACAGACAUGUACAGAAGGAGCUUGGAGAGGUCAUAGUUCGAUUACACAACCCAGUCGUCCUUAGCCCCACAGCCAUUCAAGUCACAUGGACAGUAGACCGUCAGUGCCAGUUCAUCCAGGGCUACAGAGUUCUGUACAGGCAGACAUCAGGACUGCCCUCCCCAGGACCCUGGCAGACCCAGGAUGUGAAGGUCCCCUCAGAGCGCAGCGUUGUUCUCUGGCUCAAGAAGGGGAUAGUCUAUGAGAUCAAGGUCCGACCUUAUUUCAAUGAGUUUCAAGGCAUGGACAGUGAAUCCAGGACAGCACGCACCACUGAGGAAGCUCCCAGUGCCCCUCCUCAGCAAGUCACAGUCCUGACCGUGGGCAACCAGAACAGCACCUCCAUUAGUAUCUCCUGGGACCCCCCUCCCCCAGACCACCAAAAUGGCAUCAUCCAGGAAUACAAGAUCUGGUGUCUGGGGAAUGAGACACGCUUCCAUGUGAAUAAGACAGUGGACGCAGCCAUUCGCUCAGUGGUUGUGGGCGGGCUGCAGGUGGGAGUGCUUUACCGGGUGGAGGUGGCUGCCAGCACCAGCGCAGGGGUCGGGGUCAAGAGCGAGCCACAGCCCAUUGUCAUAGGUAAAGACUUCCGGGAUGUGAUCAUGAGCGGCAACAGGAAUAACAGCAUCACAGAGCAGAUCACCGAUGUGGUGAAGCAGCCUGCCUUCAUCGCUGGCAUCGGAGGGGCCUGCUGGGUUAUCCUUAUGGGCUUCAGCAUCUGGCUCUACUGGAGGAGAAAGAAGAGAAAGGGCCUGAGUAACUAUGCAGUUCAGUCCUUCACCUUCACCCCUGCAGUGACGUUCCAGAGAGUCGACGGAGGUCUGAUGAGCAACGGAAGUCGGCCCGGCCUGUUAAAUGCCAGCGACCCGGGCUACCCCUGGUUAGCUGACUCCUGGCCUACCACCAGCCUACCUGUCAACAGCAACUCCGGGGGACCCAAUGACCUUAGUAACUUUGGUCGAGGAGAUCUCCCCAGUGGCCAGGGGGAUAAGACAGGAACUAUGCUUUCUGAUGGAGCCAUCUACAGCAGCAUUGACUUCACCACCAAGGCCAACUACAACAGCCCUGGCCAGGCUUCCCAGGCUACUCCCUACGCCACCACUCAGAUCCUCCACUCCAGCAGCAUCCAUGAACUGGCCGUCGACCUGCCUGAGGCCCAGUGGAAGGCCUCCCUCCAGGCCAAGCAGGAGAUGGCUAACCUAGGCUACUCGCUGCCUGACAAGAACUCCUGCAACAACACCCUCCUUUUUAUUCCCGACUACCGAUUGGCCGAAGGAUUGUCUAAUAGAAUACCACACAACCAAUCACAAGAUUUCAGCACCACCAGCUCUCACAACAGCUCAGAGAGAAGCGGCAGCCUCUCAGGUGGAAAGGGAGGUAAGAAAAAGAAGACCAAGGCUGGCUCCAAGCCCACCAAGGCUAAUGGCUCCAACUGGGCCAAUGUUCCCCUGCCCCCUCCCCCUGUUCACCCUCUGCCUGGCACUGAGAUGGACCACUAUCCCAAUGAGCACCAUGAGGGUGGAGGGUACGAGAGUGAUGGCUGGGGUCCACCCAUGCCCGUACAAACCUACCUCCACCAGGGAAUGGAGGACGAGCUGGAGGAAGAGGAGGAGAGGGUUCCCACUCCGCCCAUCCGCGGAGUUGCCUCCUCCCCUGCGGCAGUGUCCUUUGGCCAGCAGUCCACAGCCACCCUCACCCCUUCUCCCCGUGAAGAGAUGCAGCCCAUGCUCCAGGCCCAUCUGGAUGAGCUGACCAGAGCGUACCAAUUGGACAUGGCAAAACAGACAUGGCACAUGCAGGGAGGUUCUCUCCCCCCCCAGGCUCCAGCUCCCCCGGUCGGUUACGUGUCUAGCACACUGGUGUCCGACCUAGAGACUGACCUGCCCGACGAGGAUGAGGAAGAGGAGGAGGAGGAGGAGGAUGAAGGCUACGGAGCCAGGCAUCCUCGAGGUAUUGAGCACACACCAGGCUCCAGCAUGGACAACCUUGACAGCUCUUUAACAGGGUCCAUGGUGAACGGCUGGGGCUCGGCCUCGGAGGACGAGCGUAAUUUCUCCAGCCACAGGUCCAGUCUGGGCAGCUCCUCCGACGGCUCCAUUUUCACCCACUGCAGCUUUGCCCAGGCCCUAGUGGCCGCUGCAGACAAAGCUGGCUACCGCCUGGAAGGCACCAGCCUCAGCAAGAGAGGUAAAGGCCUUUCCCACAGGCCGCGGCCCAGCAGUCCCUUCUCAACAGAUGGCAGCACAGUGGGCACACACAGCCUGGGCCACCAGAGGGCCACUCGGCCCACCCGCAAACCCCGGAGCCAGGGCACAGCACCACACCGGAGAGAUGCUAGUGCAGAUGACCUACCUCCUCCACCUGAGCCCCCACCAUGUCAGGGGCAGGGCCGUGUCCAGGGGGCCCGAAGUGUAGGCACAAUGGGAGCCCCUUCAGAGAGGAAGGCCUCGUCCUUGGAGCGCCAGCCCAUGUCAGGACCUUUUUCUGGGAUGGAGGAGAUGAAGAGCUCCAUCGACAGACAGACACGCACCUCCAUGGAGCACCACCGCCAGGCCCAAGACAGGCUGGGCUCUGUGGAUCGAGGGGAUGACGGCCGCCGGGGCCACAAAACAGAGGAAGGUUGCCUGCCCUACAGUAAACCAUCCUUCCCCUCCCCCGGCGGCCACAGCUCUUCUGGUACAUCCUCCUCCAAAGGGUCCACGGGGCCACGCAAAAACGAGGGACCCCGACAGCCACAACAGUGGACCGCCACAGAGCAUGCUGAAUUCCUGGGAACCAACGGACAGGGACCGUAUUCGGGGGAGUUAUGUACGUAA